AUGUAAGCAGUGAUGUGGGGGUGGGGGGAAUCCCAUGCUUGUAAAAAUUAAUGCUUCGGUACAUUGUCAUUUGCUUGCCUAUGGAACUAUACACACCCAGAAAUGCGGAUGCUACAUAGGAUGAGUGUGAGGCCUCCUGAAGUGUGGAAAAUCACGUGCACUUCUGCAUGUGGUAUAAAAGCAAUGACUGCAUACUGUUUAGAAGCAGCAUGGCUGGACACACUCUUCAGUGAAAUGAACACUUAAAUGCAAUACAUGCAUGGGUAGUGUUGCUGUUUGGCAUACAGACAGACAGACAGACAGACAGAUCGAUGACCGCACUAGGCCUGUGAAAAUUAUUCUGGAACAUGGAUUUACACUAUUUUUUUGCUGUAGCAUAGUGGUAGAGCACAUGCCUUGCUUGGGUAAGAUCCCUACUAUCCCUAGGUUGGGCAAGGAAAGCUGCUCCCCAAAGCCUUGGAUUGCCGAGGCCAGUCAGUGUUGAAGAUACUGGCUUAGCUGGACCAGUGUCAGGUAGCGCCUCAUGCUCCUUUCCAGAACCUGCACAAGAGGGCAGCCUGCCUCUCUGCAGCAGCAUCGGAACCACUUCCACUGGUAAUGGAGGAAUGGAACCUCUGUUGAGAAUGCUGUGCAUUACAGCUGUAUUUUCAGAAUAGAAGUACUAGUAAGUCAGUAGAUGGUUGGUCACUGGCGAGUCUUCUUCCAUUAUCUGAAGAGCUUCAGAUCUCUUACUUCCAGGACAGAACUGUGCCCGCAUGUUUUUGUGUCAUGAGACAUCACAGGAGGGCAAGAGUUUAAAUGACAAAGAGGUCAGAGUGACAUGAUUCUGCCACACCUUUCUAGAGUAACAUAAGACUUUUACAUCAGAGAUUGAGCCAUCUGCUUCUGCCAGUAACUGAUGCAACAACUGCAUAAAGAAAUUGCUUGGAGAGAGUAGUUCGUCCAUGUUUAGAGGCAGUGCCACUGAAUCUUGGGGCUCAAGAGCAAUGGCAAAGGAGGGCUCUUGCCUUCAUCCUUUAUUUGUGGCAUCUGGUUGGCAGCUGGGAGAGGCAGAUGCUGGAUUCCAGGAAUCUCUGGCUUGAUCCUGCAGAUAUGUUAUGAAGUAUUGUGCCUUCCCAUGACAGAGAAGUGUCUUUGAGGUUCUCCUGCUUAUCAAAUUCUUACUAUGCUCAGAAUGUGACCGUGCUGGCUGCACCUGGAAUGACAGAGAAAAUAAAUGUGUAGUGUCUUCUUCUGGGACUUGCAAAAGAAAGGUGGAUUGUAGUAAGAUUAUCAGUGCUUCAAAUAGGAUUGAUACUUUGCGAAUGCCCAAGCCCAUGAGCAUUACUUCCAUUGAACCAGCAUGGAUAUCACCAUUAGGCAAAAGUGGAGUGCUAGUCAUAGGAGAAAACUUUACAGGAUCAAACAUUUUGAUGGAGAUAACUGGAACCAGUAGCUGCAAACCUGAUGUGAUAUCUGUCACUGAGAUUCUAAAUCACACGCACAUGAAAUUUUGUUUACCACCGAGUCACAAAGAAGUCAAGAGCGUAUGCAUAAAAGAAGAAGGGUUUCAGUGUUCAUCCUCUAAGACAGUACAUUACGUCUCUUUCCCAGAAUGUUUUGAGAUCCUUCCAAAUAUCUCCUGGAAAAGUGGAGGUCGCAACAUCACCAUACGUGGGAAAUAUCUGAAUAUCACAGAUACAGUGAUUAUUUUGGAUGAAUCUGGCCAAAUCUUGACACAAUUUACAUGCCACAGAUCUGGUGAUGAAUGUAAAUUUACUACACCAGCUUUGACGUCUGAGAAAGGAACUAAAAUGGCUAACAUUGUCCUAAAUGUUGAAGGGAAACAUUUUCCUUGCAUUACACUUCAAUAUGAUCCUGAUCCUCAGUUUAUUCAUUAUGAACUGACACUUGAUUUAGACCCAGAGCUGGAGUUAAAAAUACAUAAACAAAAUGACAACUUAAAUAUUACAAGAAGUGAGAUUGAAGUUUUCCUGUCUUACAUGGAUAGCAAGGAACGGGAAAAUCUAACAUUCACUGUCCAAGAUAUUUUAAACACUAAAGAUCAUAGCAUUAUACACUGCAGAACCAAACGAAAAAAGACCUCUAAGAUAGAUACAUCCAGUGUGAAAGUUUAUGUCAACGUGGGAAAAUUUCUGCAUGAGGUUCCAACUGAAACACUCAACUAUACAUUUCUGUAUGUUCUUUUGUUAAUCCCUGUAGUAAUUGCAAUUGCCAUUUUUGUGACCCAAAGAAAAUCAAAACAGUUACAUCGAAAACUGAGUGAACACCUGGAACUAUUGGAAUGUGAACUUCGUAAAGAAAUACGUUAUGGAUUUGUUGAACUACAGGUGGAAAAAUCAGAUGUGGUUGAUAGUUUUGGAACAAUUCCCUUCCUUGACUACAAACACUUUGUUCUUAGAACCUUCUUUCCAGAGGCUGGAGGCACUUUGUCUAUCUUUAUGGAAGAUUCCAAUGAGCCACUUAGUGGAGUUCCAAAUCACAAGGAUGAAAGCAGUAUAGCAUUGUAUGCAUUAAUUAAUAACAAGAAUUUUCUUGUAACUCUGAUUCACACACUUGAAAAACAGAAAACCUUCUCUGUGAAAGACAGAUGCUUGUUUGCAUCUUUCUUGACAAUUGCACUACAAAGAAACUUGGUCUACUUAACUAAUAUUCUAGAAGUUUUGACAAGGGAUUUGAUGGAACAGUCAAGCAAUGUACAUCCUAAGUUGAUGCUACGACGUACAGAAUCGGUGGUAGAAAAGCUGCUGACAAAUUGGAUGUCUGUUUGCCUCUCUGGUUUUCUUCGUGAAACCGUUGGGGAGCCUUUCUAUAUGCUUGUAACAACCCUAAAUCAAAGGAUUAACAAGGGUCCUGUGGAUGUAAUAACUUGCAAGGCCCUGUACACACUAAAUGAAGACUGGUUACUGUGGCAAGUAACUGAAUUCAGCACAGUGGUAUUAGAUGUCGUCUUUGAAAAAAUCCAAGAAAAUGAGAGUGAAGGCACUACUAUGAAAAUCCAAGUUAAUGUCCUGGAUUGUGACACCAUAGGGCAAGCCAAAGAAAAGAUCCUGCAAGCCUUUCUAAACAAGAAUGGCUUUCCUUUCGGUCUUCAACUCAGUGAAAUGGGCCUUGCUCUUCAGUCAGGCACACAAGCCAAAGAACUUUUGGAUGUUGAUAGUUCCACUGUGAUUCUGCAAGACGGAAUUACCAAGCUGAACACCAUAGGCCAUUAUGGGAUUUUAGAUGAAGCAACUAUUAAAGUCUUUAAGAAGGAAGUACAGCUAUCAGAUGGCGAAUAUGCUGAUGACUAUUGUCAUCUGAUAUUGCCAGACUCUGAAGCAGCCAAAGAGACUCAAGGUGCAAAACAUACAGGAAAACAAAAAUUUAAAGUGAAGGAAAUGUAUCUCACUAAGCUCCUGUCUACAAAGGUUGCCAUUCAUUCAGUUGUUGAAAAGCUCUUUAGGAGCAUUUGGACUUUGCCUAAUAAUAAAGCACCAGUAGCUAUCAAAUAUUUUUUUGAUUUUCUGGAUGCUCAAGUUGAAAAUAAAAAAAUUACAGAUCCUGAUGUGAUCCAUAUAUGGAAAACAAACAGUCUUCCUCUUCGAUUUUGGGUGAAUAUAUUGAAGAAUCCUCAAUUUGUAUUUGAUAUUAAAAAGACUCCACACAUAGAUGGCUGUUUGUCUGUAAUUGCACAAGCAUUCAUGGAUGCCUUUUCUCUAUCAGAGCAACAACUGGGAAAGGAAGCACCAACAAAUAAACUUCUUUAUGCAAAGGAUAUUCCACUUUAUAGAGAGGAAGUCAAAGCUUUUUAUAAAGCAAUAAAGGAUUUGCCUUCGUUAUCUACUUCAGAGCUAGAAGAAUUUUUAACUCAGGAAUCAAAGAAACAUGAAAAUGAAUUUAAUGAAGCUGUGGCCUUGAAUAAAAUUUACCAAUACAUUGCAAGAUAUUUUGAUGAAAUACUGAAUAAAUUGGAUAAAGAACGAGGGCUAGAAGAAGCUCAGAAACAGCUCCUAAAUGUAAAAGAUUUGUUUGAUACAAAGAAGAAAUGCAAGUGGAUUUAAGAAGAGUUUAAUGAUCCCCAACAGGGAUGGAUUUUAAUAACUGUCACUAAACAGAAUUCAAACUAUCAUCUCCAGCUGUAUCAAAAGACUGACUCCCUCAGUUCAGUGAUCAAUAAUGUACUGCCAGGCCCAUCUCUCUCCCAGUGGAAGACUGCUGUGAUGUACAGAUCUCUCUUGCCUUAUGGAAGCAAGCAAGUAAUUUUGGCAGUAGUGUAAACAAUUUCACUGUACAUCAUUGAUAUAUAUGCUGCUUUUAUUUUAAAAGGUGCAGAGCAUUUCAUUUUAAGCAAUGUGCUCUACAGGGCAAUUUUUUAAAUAGUUUCCAUGUCCUUACUGAACUUGAUAGAAUGUGAACCUUAAAGGUCCUCCCUCUUAUUCCUGCAGAAGCACAAAUAUAUGCUGUUCUUGCCACUUUGAGCUUGAGUACUUGAGACUGUUAGGAAGGAGGGCACUGGAUGCUUGUAAGAGGCCCCAAGUUACCAUAAAUGACUGGUCAGAUUGCAUUAUGACCAGAACAUGUGACAGAGUAGUAUCGGGGGCCUCCAGCGCAUUCCAAUGGAGAAGCCCUAUACUCUUUCUACAUGCAUUGUAGUCUGCACAAUGUGUUUCUGUUAACUGUAGCUGUGCCCAGUCAUAAUAAACUAGUGGGAUUUGCUA